CAGGAAAGGUUGUAGGCAGCACACUGAACCGCAGCAUUGUAAGAUAAUUUAGCUGCCUGAAUUCCACAUUAAUAAGAGCAGUUUAAGUAAAUUUUCACUAAUUACAAAACUUUGUUUUUAAGCUGGUUCUGUAUUUGUAUCGUUUGGCAGCAACGACAACGUUGCGAUUCAAUGUGCUGCGUACAAGCCUAACCUAACCUAACUUUACCUGCAGUUACCACAUAACCUCAAACUCGAAACAAAUCUAUAAUUUUCGUCUAUUUAUAGACUUUAUUUUAGUGUUCUGUAUGUUUAAUUUAACUUAUUUCCUUUACAAAUAACCCUUAGAAGACAUUUUAAGUUGCAAAUCAUUAAUUUAUUACCCUAUGAAAAUUUGAAAUCAUGUCAUUGGCUUCAAAAGUAACACUAGCUUCAGCAACAGUUUUUGCUUUAGGAACUAUAGGAUAUGUCCAUUAUAAGCAGCACUCAGACAGGGAGGAACUACAUCAAGGUGUCUUAAAUGACAUCGAGCGAAGACAAAUGAGAAAAACUGAGAACCUUUAUAUCUUGCAAAAGCAGAGUGACUUAGCUAAGGAACUUCGAAAAGCCGAAGAUACUUCCAGUAGGGAAGCAACUUAGCUCAGUAAUUAUUUCAAAUUUGUUUAGUAGUUAAUUGUGUAUAUAUUGUCCCUAAUAAAUUAAGUGUUAAAUAUA